GGCAGCACCAGCACGUGUAGGGAGGAGCAGGGGUUAUCUCUAUCAGUGAGACAGCGCUUUAGUUGCACAGCGCUGUCUGCUGCAUACGCUGCCCUGUAUGUACACAGCGCGCGGUCUAAUCAGGAUUUACACGAUUCCUCUCUUUAUUGCUUUGUGCACCACUGCAGCAAAGGGGAACAGUAGGCAUACGAGCAGUAUCACUUCUAACAACAGUCAGUGUAGCAGGUAGCGUCCGCAUCCCCGGGAAGGACUUACAGAGUGUGUUGAGGAAAUACUUACUGCCGUAGAAGCAUCGUCGACGAAAGGAAACCGAAAAGUUUCCAUCCGUUUGAUUUUUUUUAUUUGUCUUUAUGUGACUGUGGAUGAGACACCUACUGUUACAUGACAGAAUGGGACCGUUACUUGUUUCCCUCGUCCUCUGCAUAAGCGUCUCUGUCCCGCAGCACGCGAAAGGGGAGGUGUGUGAGCCAAACCCAUGUGAGAACGGGGGCGCCUGCUUCACGGCGCUAGCCGACGAGGCCUUCUCAUGUGAGUGUCGCUCUGGCUUCUCAGGUCCCAAGUGUGCUAGUGUUGUGGAGGUCGCAGCGGAUGGCGAGGAUCCUACUUCAGCAGGACCUUGUCACCCAAACCCCUGCCAUAACGGAGGUGUUUGUGAAAUUAGUGAGACGUACAGAGGUGACACCUUCAUCGGGUAUGUGUGCAAGUGCCCUCCUGGCUUCAACGGAAUCCGCUGCCAACACAAUGUCAACGAAUGUGAAAAAGAGCCAUGUAAAAAUGGAGGAAUCUGCACUGACUUGGUUGCCAACUACUCAUGUGAAUGCCCUGGGGAAUUCAUGGGAAAGAACUGUCAGUACAAAUGUUCCGGACCCUUGGGAAUGGAAGGGGGAAUUAUCUCCAACCAACAGAUCACUGCAUCAUCUACGCAUCGAGCGCUGUUUGGGCUGCAGAAAUGGUAUCCGUACUUCGCCAGGCUGAACAAGAAGGGCCUGGUGAAUGCCUGGAGUGCUGCAGAGAACGACAGAUGGCCCUGGAUUCAGAUAAACCUGCAGAGAAGGAUGAGGGUAACAGGCCUGAUAACGCAGGGUGCCAAGCGCAUCGGAAGUCCCGAGUACGUGAAGUCAUACAAAGUGGCCUUCAGCGACGACGGCAAGACCUGGAGGACGUACAAAGUCAAGGGCACCGAGGAGGACAUGGUAUUCCGUGGAAAUGUUGAUAACAACACACCUUCUGCUAACUCUUUCACUCCUCCGAUUGAAGCGCAGUACGUGCGGAUUUACCCACAAGUCUGCAGAAGACAUUGCACCCUUCGCAUGGAGCUGUUGGGCUGCGAGCUCACAGGAUGCUCUGAGCCAAUGGGGAUGAAAACAGGUCACAUCCAGGAUUAUCAGAUCACAUCAUCCAGUGUCUUUCAGACUCUCAACAUGGACAUGUUCUCCUGGGAACCAGGGAAGGCCCGACUGGACAAGCAGGGCAAGGUCAAUGCGUGGACAUCUGGACAUAAUGACCAGUCGCAGUGGCUACAGGUGGAUUUGCUUGUUCCAACCAAAGUGACUGGCAUCAUCACCCAAGGGGCCAAAGACUUCGGACAUGUCCAGUUCGUGGGCUCCUAUAAACUGGCCUUCAGCAAUGAUGGAGAAAGAUGGGCUAUUUACCAGGAUGAAAAAACUAGGAAAGACAAGAUCUUCCAAGGAAACUUUGACAACGAGACACACAGAAAAAAUGUGAUAGACCCACCCAUCUACGCCCGCUUCAUCCGGAUCCUCCCGUGGUCAUGGUACGGUCGGAUCACCUUGCGGGCGGAGUUUCUCGGAUGCACAGAGGAAGACUGAACACAGCAGUCUGAGUCCCCUGGAACACUGGAAUAUGGAAGAUUUCCCUUAGCAUCUCAAGAGAAACUGUGUGAAACCUGUAUAAAUCUAUUGCCAAUGGGUUUUUUCAAGAGUACGUGUUGGUUGUGGUUGGCAGGGCUUUAAGUUUUGUAUAAUGAUCUAGACCUGCCCUUAUAUAAUAUUUGUCCCUUUUAUCUUCGUCCCUACCAUUUUUUAUUAUUGUUAUUCUUAAACAUUCACAUUUGCUUUGUUGUCGUUUUUUAUUGGAAUGUAUUUGUUUAAAUCUAGGGCAGGGGUUGGAUUUCUCACACUGUGGUUUAAACUUAUCACCAUGAAAGCUGCAGUUUCACUUUUUAACAAAGACAUUAAGUCUGUUUGAAAAGCUUUGACAGCUGUCCAUAUCUGAUUAGAAAGCAAAAGGUGUAAGCUACUAUAGAAAUGAUAACCACUAAUAUUAUGCAAUGCAUUUGUAUUUUUUAAUACAACACUUAACAAAUAUUACUGUCAUUCAUGUAUUUUUUGGGGAAAAUUCCCCAUAAAAUAACAGUUUCAGUAAGAAUAAUUGCAUGGCACACAAAUCAUGGUAUUAACUGCAUAUUAUAGCAAGGUAAAAAAGCUUACAAUACACAGAAUAUCAACAAUGUGAUUUAGGGGUAUAUAUUUUUAAUGUACUUUUUGUUAUGUUUUCUGAUAUACACUUCAAAGGCUUAGACCUAAAUGCACUUACUACAAUUAACAGAGAAGCUAUUGAAAAAGAGACACUGCAGAGAGGUAAAUGGUAUUAUUAGAACUAAGAUGUCCUAAUACUCUCACCAUUGUGUUGUUUUAAUUUAUUUAAAAGUAUGCUGUUGGCCUCAUAUUCCUAUUUUUGCACUGUAUUUCAUUGAUCUUUUUUUUAAUAGUGUUGCAUGUUGACAUUCUGACCAUCGGAAUCAGUUUGAACUGCUCAGGAUAGAAGCCACUUAUUUGUACAGUUUUGUUUUUGUUGAUUUUU